GUACAUUCUCCCUAGAGCCCACCAAGCAGGAUCCUUGACCUUGCCCAAGAAUACAUGAUCCGAAGUUGAAAGAAAGAUUUCAGGGCUGUUGUGGAGGGAUGCAUAUUCUUGAUCUUGUCACUAGAGUGUGGGUUAGUUCUGAAUGCAAAGGGACACCUCCUUCGCCCCGGGAGAGCCACACGGCCGUGCUUGUUGGCGGCUAUAGACUAGUGAUCUUUGGUGGUAGUGGGGAAGGCAGAGCAAACUAUUUGAAUGAUUUGCACAUUCUUGAACUAUGAACCAUGAGAUGGACUUGCCCUGAGUUGAAAGGUGAAUUUCCUGUCCCUAGGGACAGUCAUAGUACCAUUGCCAUUGGGAACAAGCUUAUUGUAUAUGGUGGAGAUUCAGGUUAUCAGUACCAUGGAAACAUUGAUAUUCUUGAUAUGGAAAUAAUGACUUGGUCUAAAUUGAGAAUUCAAGGUUCUUCACCAGGAGUCUGGGCAGGUCAUGCUGCAGUAAACAUUGGAACCAAGGUCUAUAUCAUUAGAGGGGUUGGAGAAAAACGUUACUAUAAUGACAUUUGGAUCUUUGAUAUAUGCACUUGUUCAUGGACUCAACUCUAUAUAACUGGUCAACUACAUGGACUCAGCACUUAUAUCACUACAUGUUUCCCAUUCUUGGCUGUAUUGCUGUAUGAGGUUAACAAAAUCUCAGGAUCAGUGCUUUCAGUUCAAACAAGCGACUCCAUAAGUAAAAAGUAUAGUGGGAGAGCUCUCUGCAGACACGGCAUAGUUGCCUUCAGGGAUGAUACUAGGCUCCAGAAAGGAGGACCUAUAUCAGCAGGCCUUCUGGAAGCUAUUGAAGGAUCACAGAUUACUGAUAACUUGGAACAAAGAUUUUACAAGAAUUUACGUAAUGAAAACUUGGUUUCAGUGAACGUUGUCUUGUGUAUAUAUUAA